GAAACACGGGACUGUACCUUCUUCCGUGUAUUGUAUAUGUUUUGUGUUUUCACUGUUAAAAAACAAGUGCUAUUUUUGUGGUGGUAUUUUUUAAACACAUACUUAAAAUAGACCAACUAAAGUAAGUUUACUGGCGGCUUGAAUCAUUAUAAAACGUUGGAAUCAGUUUCAGAUUCGCUGUAUUAGCCUCACUCAACUAAACUCAAAUGCCGUCCAUUAAGCAAGAAAUGACGAGUAACAGAGUGCCAAAAGUUUUACCAAAACAUGUACCAAGCGCGGUUUGUUUUCGGAUACCUACUACCUCUUAUCACAUGUACACUGAAGAAAUAAUGGAAAAAGAAAUCAUAUUCCAAGUAGUAAAGUUGCACCUGAAUUUUACCAAUGAAGAUUCACUUCUGAUUUAUGUUAAUGACAAAGAGCAAGACUACCAUGAUGAUAUAUGUUUGGCAAUGAUGAAUGAGAUUAAAAAAGAUAGUCCAUUAAGUACUGUGAUAUUUGGGGGCAACCCUGAUAUCUUUACAAGGGAAAUGUGCAGCAGACUAGCAGAAAAGCUAGGCAAACCAGUGUACUUGAGCUGCAAUCUAGAUCCUAUUUGUGACUUUCUUCCAAUAGUUGAGGAAAAACUGCUUGAGAAAAUGGUUGAGAUGCCCGAUAUAUUUUAAUGUGGGAUAUGUCCAGUUUUAAAAAUACCAGGCAUUAAGGCACAGAUUAUUUAUAUUACGAGAUUAAUUUUAUUGUUUAUUAUAAGAUGGAGGAACACCCGUAAGGCUGCAAAAAGGACUCAUUUUUCUUUUACCCAACACACAGCAGGGAUAAAACUUAACUAUGCUGGACUCUAAGCUAAGUAAUUUACCAAUAGCUAUUACAAAUAUUAAUUCGUUCAACUGAAGAUAAUAGGUGUAUUAUGUCUUCUGCAAAAUACUUAUUUUUUGGUCAAGUAAUGUUUUUAAUACCACUUAUAUUCCUUCAGAUAUUUUUAAUGAUUGUAAUAUAUUUUUAACAAUACUUCAUCACAUUUUGAAAGCUGGUCAGGAAGUGACACCUUCAUGUGAAGAUUACAGUGUUGCUAUUCAUACAUCCGGUAACUCGGCACCAUAUUCAGAACUAUUUACACCAACUGAUGAUGAUUUAUUUUCACAUACUUUUGCUCUCUGGGAAAUUUAACAAUAAGAUGUACUAACUACAUACAUAAUGAAGAAAUGUAUGAAUCACAUAAAUUAGAUCAGCUUUUUGUUUUGCAGUGAUGAAGUAGCUGUGCCAUUUUCUAAUAUAGUUUUGCAUAAUAUUCAUUUUCUGUGCAUGAUGUAUUUACUGCAUGUACAUAAUGCAUUUGAAAAUUGACAUGUGUUUGUAUAUAUGCCAUGCUUGUAAUUUUGAAUAUUUAUUACAUAUUUUGUAUCAUAGAUACAAUGAUGUUAAAAACUAGUUUUUUUAAACCAAUUAAGUUUUUUCACUGUAAAUAUGAAUUUUAAAAUACAAGUGCUUUGAAGUGGUAUUUUAGAGUUGAAUUUUAGUUAAGGUGGCAUAUAUCUACAAGUACAUGUUUUCACUUGAUAGGAAUUAAUCAUUCUAUAAAGUUUGGUGAGUUAUGUAUCACAAAACACCUAGACAUACAUCUAAUGUUUUUGGCAUUUACGACACAAGCAUCUUCAGCAGGUGUGGCUUAAUACAAAUACGUAAUAGACUGGGUACUGAAGAUCUCGAAAUUAUUAUUUUUUAUUUAAAAUAUUCAAUACAUCUUCAAAUAAUGAAGAUGCCUGAAAUUAUAUCAGUAAAAUAUACGAGUAUUACUAUUUUUUUUUAUCAGGGUUUAUCUUAAGUUCUAAUAUAAGAGUUAUUACUUUCUAAUUCUCAGGUAUGAAUGCCAAUGAAAAAGUUAUACAUUAUGUUUGUGUUUUUAUGUAAAUAUGUGUUUAGUUGCCUUUAGACAUAUUUUUUUACUACUUUUCUCAUUACCUGCUUCCACCUAACAAAGAAUGCUAUCAACCUGCUACAUACAUUGGUUAACGGAUGUAAAGCUAGUUUUUUGACGGGGCGUCAAAAAUAAAUUGUCUAAAAGCAACUAUAUAAUUAUAUUUUUUUGUCAAUUUCUAUUAGUCUCCAGAUUGUUUAAACCAAAUAAAUUUGGUUUAAGCCAAAAAAAUGCCUUAAAUCAAAAAACCUUUUGUUUCGAUUUUUUUAAAAAAACCUGGUUUUUCACAAACCCUGUUUUGGUCAAAUGUAUUAAUGCAUAAAUAUCCCUUUUGGAGAAAGUUACCAUUUUGUCAAAGAAAAUAUUGAUUUUUGAUAUUCAAUUUAAGAAGAAUUAGUCUUGGUUGAGUUAGUAUCCAUGAUCGUAGUUCAAGUUUGAAGUGUUUUCUGCAUUGUAUGUAUUUUAUGUUUGUUGGAAUGUUAUAAAAUUUUGAGGCUAGAAAGUAAUAUGAUCGUUGGCGUAUAGCUAUAUAUACACUAGGUAUUUUGUUGAUACUUAAAUCGUGUUUGAUGAGUGUGAUUCAUAGAUCGAACUAAUUUUGGGCGUUUAGUUAAAUAGUUGGGACUUUCCUUUACAGAGCGUAUAGGUCAGAUAAUAAGCAUGUUUUUUUAGUAACAUAAAUACCAAAUCGGCUCGAGUCGGGUUUUGUCGAAUUUUUAUUACUAUGAGGAUAAUUUAAAAAGAUGUUGCAACCUUAAGAAACGACUGAGGCACGGAUGAUCUCGAAAUUAUGUUGUUCUGUGAUUGAUAUUGCCGUAAGAAGUGUACAGAGGUCUGACAAAAAGUGUAUAGAGGUACGAAACUCUAUGCACUUUUUCUGGCAUUAGUGUGAUAGGUUUAAAUGUUUAGCUGUACCAUGAAGAAAACAUGUAAUUGUGCUUAGGGUCAUGUCGGCAACUGUGGCUUAAUUAUUUUUUUUUUUUUGAAGGCUACAACAUGAAAAAUGUAAAUCAAUAUGACAUUUUCAGAAAAUGUAUAGGUAGCGUCUUUAUUAAACUUUAUUUUGCUCUAGACGUAUUUGCUACAGCUGUUCCUAAAAAUGCAUUAGAUUUUUUUUAAGUUUGUCAUUGAGUCACUGUGUACUACUACCUAUUUAGAGUGACUCACGAGAUACAGUUUGGACAACAGCGAUCGGUCACGUGCUAGGCAGAAAGUCUUCGUAUGGGGGGGGGGGUUUGGGUAAAUGAUUAAAGUACCUAAAUGACAUGUAAAAGCUUCUUGGAAAUAAAUAUCAAAUCAAUUUUCUCAUAAUCAUUUAAUAUUUAUAUAUAUUUUUAAAAAUGAGACAAUGUUACAGCAUUAAAUUUAACCGUCUUGGUCGGGAGGAUAUUUCGUUCAUAACAUCAUCUACUGAAAUGGCUUGAUUUGAGUGGGCCGACAUCAAGGCCAACCCGGUUAAACUAUCAUUCCCCAUUUUAUUGCUUAAAUAUGUUUUUACUCGUUUUAAUGUUAAAAAGGAUCUCUCAAUACUUGCGGUAGAUACAGGGAGCGACGCUAACAGUUUUAAUAGUUUGUAUAUAUGUGGAUAAAAAGCAGCAUCGCACUUAGCUGAGACUUCUAUGCUUCUCUUUCCAUUGAAGUUUGUUCAGCAUUUUCCACUGUUCAGCCCACAAGUGAUAUUUGCUCUCCAAUGUGACCUCAGACACAUCGUCAUGUAGGUAAGAAAGUAGAUUCGGAAGGUUCAGCGCAUUAUCGACACGUAUCUUAUGUGGCAAUAACAUUUCCAGCGUUUUCAAAAUUUGCACAAUGUUCCCUCCAAAUCGGCUUUUCAGACUUCCAAGAAGGUCAUAUAGACACGAAUGAAAAUGCUUCUUUAAAAUAUUCCAUUGGCGAGUCUGCUGGAUAAUUUUUUCUAUGUACUUGUCUGCCAGUUAUUCGUGGCAUUGUCAUAUAUUCGAUGCCAAAGAGAGAAGGAAAUAUGUUCAACUUUUUUUCUUUUUACAUUCUUCGUUUAAUGUAUUGGUUCGCAGAUUUUUAAUAUGCUCUAUGGCACUUUUUUCAAAAGUAAAUGCAGAGCAUAUACCAUGUUUAGGAACUUUGCAAAUACUGAGACAAAGUCAAUGUAAGGUAGGUGCGCCAAAUAUUGCAACCUUAAGGUUUGGUUGUAAAUAAAACCUACACUGUUGUUAAUAAAUGAACAUAGAUUUGGGUAUUAGUGAAGCAAUGUAUUGUUUCUAAUAAUAUAACAUGACUAUCUUAAGAAACUAAGCAGAAACAAAAUAAAAAAUACAUUUUCAUUAUAGUUGCAAAUGGCAAUAUUAGGAACAGAGCGUUCCUAAUAUUGCCACCGAUGUCAAUAUUAGGCACGAAAGAAAUACAGUUAAAAGUAAUACAUAUUUCUGAAAAAUGUAAUUUAACACGUUCGCUGCCAUACAAACUACAAAAAACUCUUUGAGAGGCCAAUAUAUUUUUUCGAAAAAUCAUAAAGCCAAAAGUGUUUUUAGCGAUCUCUUAUAUAUUAUGUUUGUUUGUUCUGUGUAUUGAGUGUCAAAACUACAGUGACUCAAGGGCUGAGUCAUCGGCCUCUCAGAUGCAUUUCUACAAGUAGAGGCCGCAUGACUCAACAUUUGAGCCAUACAAUGAAUUCAGUCGAAUUUUCCAAACACAAAAGGAAGCUAGGUAAAUAUUUAGAACAAUGUAUUUCUAAAAGGGUACAAAUACAACAUCAAUAAAACAAAGAACAUAAAUGCCAAAGUUAAAAUUAAGAAAAUAGAAGAAUAGGUGAUAUUUUUCAAAAAAAAAAACACGUCAAAGUUUUUUUUCUAAAACGGUACAAGUCAAACAUCAGUAAAACCGAUACCUAAGUAUAAACUAAAAAAACGUAAAAUAAAAAUACAAACAAGGAAACUAAACUUUGGUUUUUCCUUUAUUGCAGAAACUAACAUAUAUAGUAUUCACGAGGAUAUGGUAUCCUAACAUUAGAACUACAUAAAACGCAAAAAGAGUAAGUGGGCACUUACUUUGAUGUAUGAUACAAUUGGAAACAGUUUCCAAGACAUAACCCUGGCUUGUCUGGGCAAGCUGGACAAAAAAACGGAGUAUUUUUGCGCGAUUUAUUUUCAUAACACACUCUACACCUUUUUCUCAUUUGUCGUCCUGCAGCAUCUAACUGGUAUUUUUCAGGCAAAUGACAAGCUGUUUUCUUGGGACAUGGAUCAGCCUCAGGUUUAUCUUCUUUUUCUGACAAUAAUUUUUCUAUAAUGUUGUGUCGAAAGUCAUAGUAGUCAUAGUUUAGUUUUUUCUUGGUUGAAUAUUGGUUAUAUAGGUGAUAACUAUUGAAAAGCAUCAUUGAUAUUAUAUGAAUACCCAUCUUUUUGUACCACCUAAUGGUUUUUCGUUCACUUGCAUAAUACGAAAGCAUCUGGUCUUGGCGAUCUAUUCCUGACAUGUACUUAUUGUACAUAAUGAUCGCUUUGGGUUUUUGCUUACUUUCUCCUCGUCUAUUUUCCUCUUGCACCAUUUCACCAUCGAAUUCUGUAGAAAUGAAUAACACGUCUCUCUUGUCACGCCAUUUCCCAACUGUAACUCCACCGGAGUAUUUGCUAACAGUUUCACCUCUAGCUAAUCUCUUAGAAGUAAUUUCAGAUGGAUUGCCCUUCCUGUUCGCUGUUAGUGUUCCAGUCACGUAGGUUCCCUUCAAAAGUAGUUCCUUGGCCAAAGCAAUACUAUUGUAAUAGUUGUCCAUAUACAAUGAGUGUCCUCUUUCAAGAUAUUUUUUUACGAGACAAAGCACAACAUUUGCAGAAUGUCCCAAUUCCCCCUGCAUGUCCUUUUCGCCCCCAGUAUAUAUCCUCACUUUCAACACGAGACCAUUAGGUUCCGAUAAAAUAUAUAGUUUCACACCAAAUUUGUGCUUUUUAUUUUUAAUAUAUUGCCGGAAAAGCAAUCUACCCCUCCACAAGACCAUCGACUCAUCUAGAGACAAUUGUUUAUUCGGGUAGUAAAUCUCAUCCAUUCUUUGGUUGAAAAAGUCUUGUAGCCAUCUAAUCUUCGAUAAACGGUCAUCAUAUCCUGGUUCUCCUCUUUCAGGAUUUUUGGAAAAAUGUAGACACCUUAGAAUCGUCAAAAAACGAUUUCGGCUCAUAUGGUUCCUAAAACAUUCGAGAUUAUACAACAUGUGAGUUUUCCAAUAGUCCUGCAUCCGGUUUAUUUGUAUAUUGCCCAUAUGAAGCCAUAACCCUAUGAAAACUUUCAAUGUUGAAACUGUUAAAGGCUUCCAGUCGGUUAUUCUUGACUUCUCCCUCGUGUUUUUGCUCAAAAACAAUUGCUCGGCGUAUCUGUUCGUUUCAACAAUGAUAUUUUCGAGAAAUGUGUUCGUAAGAAAUAGAUUGAAAAAGUCAAUAGGGUCGUCAGAUGCUAAGUUUUCUUUUAGUCCAGGGUUGCCGGAAAAUGGAAAGUCCUUUAUGUCUGGGUUAUCGGCCCACAUUGGAACCUCAGAGCGAUCACCUUCUUCGGAGGUUUCAGGGAUCAUAGCAUGCUCCCAAAUCUCCUCUUCUUCGCUUGAACUCGUAUAAUCAGGCUCAUACUCGCUGCCACUGUCUACAAAAGGUUCCUCGUCACUUUCUGAUAAGUAUGCUAAUGCUUCUAACUCCGAAUCACUAAAAAAUUUCCCUCUUUUAGGACCCUCCAACUUUCUCUUCGGUCUAGAUGGCCCUGGAAUUUCGCUGUCCAUUGUACACUGAAGGCAAAAACGUAACUUCAAACCAAUCGCGCAAAAACACGUGUUUAUAAGUCAAUAAAACGCCGGCGUAAUAUGCUGCUACCCUUUCAGUAACCGACGCACUACUGGCUGAUGCAAUAACCUAUCGCACAUGACCCAACAUUUGAGUCAUCGGCUUCUGCCGGGAAGCUGCUGUGACUCAACAGUUGAGUCAUCGGCAGUGAAGGUGUUAAAAACAAGUAAGCACAAAAGUAAGAAAAACUAAACUUAUGAACAUUGAGGGCAAACAAUUUUUCCUUGUUAUCUUUUGUCGGUCGUACACAGGCCUCGUGCACAUAUCUAAAGCACACUAUGCACAAGCGCAUAUCUUCUUUAUUGUUGGUGUUACAAAGAAAGCAAAACCAGGAUUCUUCUUUCCUCGAUUUAUUUGUCGUACUGCUUGUUGGUUUUUUGACAACUUCGUUUGGAUUAUUCGAUUUUGGUGUUGCCGCGAACAAAUCUUUGGUAACUUGCAGCGCUUUACUGUUUAAAGCUGGCUUUCUCUUCACGGUAGAUAAUUUAAUUUCCGGUGUAAUCAGCAAUCCUGUAUCUUUAAAGGAAUUGUCUAAGCAUUUGGAGUCAGAAGGUCUUACUUGAUUAGACGCCGGAUUACAUUUUGUUGUUUCUUUUGUAACCGCAUUUUUUCCUGUCCAUUUUUUAAUUCAAUCAGUGGAAUGUCAUCGUCAGAGCUGCUGAUCCUUUCGCAUCUGUCGUCAAGUAUGUUUCUUAAUCUGUUUCCUAUUUUGGUUAAACUUUUGUAACGUGGCAGGCUUCUUGUUCAAUCUUAGCACGGGUUGCUUUUAGCCAAGCUUUAGUAAACAUUUCUCCAAACCUCGAUUUUGUAAUCGCCUUGCCAGAGUUUCUCAUUAAAAACUGUAGGACUUCUUGGUCCCAAAACGCCUCAAAGCUUUUAAACACCGAUUUAUCCAUGGGUUGCAACUCAUGUGACGUGUUGCUAGGAAGGCAAAAUAAAGUUAUGCCCAAGUGGUCAGCUGCAUCAACUAUAGAAAUAUCAAGAUGACUUUUAGCUCCAUCAAAUAUCUGUAAGGAAUCAAGAAAUACGAUACAAAUGCUUCGCAUGUCUACUACCUUUAUUUGUGACAAUAGCUUGUGAGCCAGGGGGCAUGUGAUCAGCUUUAAGUCUUUGACCUUUAAAAAGCACAAAAGGCGGUACAGAUUGACCAAGCGCAUUUCCACAACCUACAAUCGACACAUUUCCUCCAUGUUCAGGUGCCGUCAAAUGUACCCGUUUUGCUCCCUUGUUAGCCAAAACAAUUUGUUGCUUAUGAAUUGUCAAUCUGCAUCCUUUUUCGUCCAUAUAUAUGCUACCUUGUUUGUCAAAUAGGUUUCGAGGGUAUCUCUCAAUUUAUUAAAAUAGUCAUCGACGAUUGUCUUGUUCAUUUUUUGGGCUCGAGCCAUAUUCAUCUGUAGAGCUUUUCGCAUCGCUACGUCAGGAUGUCUGCGCAAGAAUAACUGAGCCAUUUUCUACCAGCCCUUUCAGACUGUUGAGAAAACGAAUUUGGUAUGUCAUUUUUUGUAGCAAAAGAAAACACACUUUUCACUAAAAUUUUGCUUGUUAUAGGCAUUCCUACCUCAGCUAAUCUGUGAAUUCUUACCACGAGAUCAUUUUCUUGUGCUGUAGAUAAUGUUGUCGACCUUCCAAGUUUUCUUACGGGAUUUUUUGAUUUAUGAUGAAGACCGAGUGUUGAGCGAAGAAUGUUGUAAUGGUUGCCAGUACCUUUGAUGGACAUUCCGUUUGUUAUGGCUUCCAACGCUGAACGCAGGUCCUCCUCUGACCACAUCUCGUUUUCUUGGCAUUCUGAAAAAGAUUUUAAUAUUUAGUCCCCAAUAUUGCCACUGGCAAUAUUGGGAAAAAAGCACGUGCAAAAAAUUUCUAACCUAGAAUUGCAUUUGAAAUACUUGAUGGAAUUCAUAAAAUAUAAAUUACUGCACUGUACUUACCUGAACUUGAUUACAAAAAUCGAGAAAAUGUUAAUGUAGCUUGCGUGGGGUCAUCAGGAAAAGUAGGCGAGCUUAUAGCGCGAGUACGAAAAACAAAUGGCGUGCUCCUGAUGGUCGCCCUAAACUAAAACCGCCAAAUAGUAGACAAGUCGCUGCCAGUCCAAAAGACUUGCUUCUGCUGCCACCUUAUAUGCAGCGUCGAUAGAGUAGCGGCGCUUUUCUAAAAUAAACAACUUGCAACAAAACCGCGGUUAAAACCAACGCGUUCAAGCGAUUCGUGUAACUGACGUCAUCAACCCGUGUGUCAUCUUGAACCAUAUUAUAACCGCGGCACAUAACAGAAAUUUUGGUUAUUCGC